UCUUAUUUCAUGUUGCUUGAUGUUAGCAAGAUUAAGUAAAUAAACAGUCAUUGCGUAAAAAUACUGAACAUCAAUAAAUGUCUGAAUAUUUGCAUUUCUUUGAUGCUUUCAUAACCUCUCGUUUUGGUAAGUUGUACAAUGCUUGGUAGUAAUGGUCAUGAAUGUUUUAUUGUGAAGUCUAGCUCUUGGUUUUUACUGUUUAUUCUGAAGAUGGUGAUCCAGCAGAGCCAUGAUAAGACAUAACUGUUCCAUUUCCAUUGUACAUUUUUCUUAUAUGCAUUUUUUUUUUCUUUUCAAAUGCUAGGGUGUGAUUUGAGAGGGAAUUGGCUCCUGUAUUUGACAGGUCAAAAGACUAUGUAGAUGUUCCUUCUUGGUUCAUGCUUGAAGUUUGCCAUGCUCCCUAAUGAAUUAUUACUCAAAGGCUCUUUGAAACACGAGAUGUGUUUCCAAUAAAGGUCCAAUCAAAUUUAGAUGGAGAUAUUCUGUAAUGAAAUAUAAAUUAUGAAAUUAAUUCAUAUUUAAUUUCUUACAAAUAUACUAAAUAAAAACGCUGAAACCAUGUGAUGCUUAGAGGCAUUUCAUUUUUGAUGUUCCUUUCGAAAAUAUAUACAUUGACAUUUUGAGUGACGUGUCUUGGUUGUGUGUGUCGUAUGUUUUAUUCAUUUGUGUCGUAUCCAGUUAAGAGUCCUGAUCUUGGUGAAAGGGUAGGUUACAGCGUAGAAAUACAGUAGAAGACAGGGAAACUAACGACUUCUCAAUCAGGCAGAGGCUGUUGUUGGUUUAAGAAAAAUAGGUCGAUAUUUAUACUCUCAUUUUCUCAAGAGGUUUGCUUUUUCUACAUUGAGCCUCAUUUUCCUUUUGAAUAAAUACUUCCGGUAGUUUAUCUGUGACUUUAGUUAUUAGUUUAUAUCUUAUUUCUGCUUAGAAAAUAUAUAAACAAUCAUUAUUAUAAUAUUUCUCCUGUAUGUCAACGAAAUCGAGUUGCAACCUCGUUUCCAUUUCGCACAUGCGCAAUAAUUCUUCUUCCGGUCAGACAUUUUACCUUACCGUGACUCGUAGACGUUAAUUUAUCUUUAAGGAAAACAAAUUUUGUAAACAUUUAGCGAUGAAGUUAAAGUAGGAAAAUACUAUCUGUCGUCUGCUUCAUUGUCUGCGUCAAUAACAUUAUCAUUGGCGACUUGUAAACAAUUCGUUCCAACAGGAAGAAACUUGAAAUGAAGGUUAAAAAGAAGGACAGUAAGAAAUUAAAAGAAGAAACAGAUGCAACUGACUUUGACUCCUCUGAUGAUAAAUCUCUCCGGCUGUGCACCAAAAAUGUCAAUGGUCAAAUGUUUCUGGUUAUGGCACCCGAAAAUGAAAACUCUUCUUUAUUUGACUCAUCUGUGGAGACUGAUGCUGGAAACUCAUCUGAUGCUGUUGAUGAAGAUGAUUCUGAAAUAAGCGUAGUUCUGUUGAAUGAUUCUAAGUCUAAUGAAAACACUGUUAUUGAGGAUGAAUUUAUGGAUCAAACCUUAACUGUACCUGGUUCAACUAUUUCCACCUCAGCUCCAGUCAUUUUGCCAAUAAUUUCUCCCUCAGUUUUAACAGAUCCAUCAAUUAAUAGCAACCUUACAUCACUGCUUCCCCCAGAUUUGACAGAAAAUGUGUCAGUCAGUAGGGACUCUUCUUUAAAUGCAGCGGUUUCUCUUCUUACAGACUCAGCUCCUGUGCUCACGGCAAAUAUAAAGAAGGAACCUGGGAUUGAACCUAUUUCUGCUUUAGCUCCAUCAUUAGUCACAAAAAGUGAGCCUAUUAUUUUGAACCCUCAAGCAAUGGACACAAGUGCUGGCAGUCCUGCCAUCAAAUCUGAAUUUGUAAACAGUGAAAACCAGCUGAAGGUAAAUACACUAUUACAUACUGAUGGUUCUGUGGAUUCAUCUGGCACUUAUAAAAUCAGUGUACCCAUUUCAUCACCUGCUUAUCAAAAAUUUACUAUUGAUAAUAAGACAACAAAUUCUGCUGUCUUACCAAAGAACAUAAUAGUCAAAUCUUCUCAACCAUUAUCUCAGACCAAUCUGAAAAAUAUUCUUUAUUCAUUCAAUGCUAUUUUAAAAGCUACUCAAAGUUCAACAGAAUCAAGUGGAAAUGUUCCACCUAAGGGGACACAUGCAAUUCUAUUAAAUGGAACCAAUACUGUUUACUCAGCUUUAGAGCCUAAUAUGUCGAGCUGCAUUUCAAAUUCAAGUCUCAAUGUGCUCCCACCAAAAUCUAUUUCAGCUGCAACUUCAACAUUAGCAAACACAAUAUUAAAAACUGAAAAUCAGCCUAAAAUUUCCCCACUUCCUGCAACUACUUUGCCAAAGAAGGUAUUUGUUGUUCCUGUGUCAUUACCUUCAAAUAAUUCUCAAGUUGUACACCUUACUAUGGUUUCUAAUUCUCAGACUACUCCAGUACCAUCUCCUGUAACUUCUUUUAAGUAUAUGUCCAGUGCCUCUUCAGUAGGUCCCAUUCUGAAGAAUUCACAAAACACUACUAUAAUAGCUAAACCAACUUUUGCAGUAGCUAAUCAAGUGGCUACUACUACGUCAACAUCUUCAUCAGCUUUUCCUCUUCACACAAAUCCUUUAGGAAAUGUUCUGAAUAACAGUUCUCCAACGUCUUCACAGAUGACUCCUUGUGUCCUUGUAUCAACAUUGGUAGAUCAAGCUUCACCUGCUGUGACCAGUGAUGACAAGACAAUUCUACAUAAUGGUUAUGUGUCUUCUAAUGUUUAUCAGGUUGUUAAAAGCAGUAAUUCUUCAAUCUCUGCUAAUGUUCCUACACAAGCUAUCAACUCGAAAGAAACUUUUAAAAAAUCUUCAGAAUUGAUUCUGCCAAAUGGUGUUACAGCCACACCAAAAACACCUACAACGAAUAUUGCUAUUCUUGAAGACUUAGACUCUCAUAAAACAAUUCAUGCUAUCACCAAAACAACAUCAAGUUACAAUCUCAACAAAGGUAUUUGCACUAUUCCAAAAUUCAGUUCUACAGCUGAUGGCUCUUUGACUAAAACUCAGCAAAAGCCUACAGGCACCUACACUUCAAUUGUAGGUGACAAAACUUCUUGGUUAAUUCUACCUGCAAGUACUUCAGAUGCCAAGAACUCUUCUGCAGUGAAGACUACUACAAUUGAACCAAAUGUUCAGGUGGUCGUCUCUUCUGCUUCCCCUUCAACAACUACCACCAUCACUACUACCAAAAACUUACAGGAUUCAUUUCCUAAAUCAGAAGAAAUUAUAAAGAGUUCUUCAUCAACAAAUUUUGUCCCCCAUAUAAAAUAUGCUAUCAGUGUACCAAAAUCCAAAAAACUUUUCCCAAGACCACUUGCUCCCAAGACAGAAAUAUCUACAGUGAUUUCAUCAACUACUAUUAAUCCUCUGAGUCAUAAUGUACCAUCAACAUCUUUAAACUUGUCAUCUUCACAAAAUGCUAGUAAUUUUUUGGUAUCAACUUCUAAUUCUAGUAAAGCCAAACAAACUUCUUCAUUAUCAAUUUCUCCUCCAAAUUCUACAACUAGUGUUUCAUAUUCCUCUAACUUUAGCAAACCAAUGGUUUUUAUUGGUCCUAUAAAUCCUGAUGAUUUGCUUAAUCUGGCCAAACAUAUCCCAUCUGCAGCUCAGUCUGUUUUCCAGGCUUCUCAUAAAACAUCUGAAAGUGUGAGGAUCAUUCACCCCAGUGAUAUCUAUAAAACCAAAAGUAAUACCAACUUACCUAAAUUAUCACCAUCCUCAUCGCAAAACAUUAUCUUAGUUCCACCAGAGUCUCUUCCUGAACAAGUCAGCUUUGCCCCUUCAGUAACAUCAAUCAAAAAUAAGAUCAGUAACCCUCUUAUACUGUCUACAUCUACACAACAGCCAAAAAAUGCUAAUGCAGCCAAAGGACUUUCCUUAUUAAAUACUAACACUGGUACACAGUCAGCACCAACAUUGUUACAAGCCUCCAACUGUAAUAACAAUGCAAGGUUUGUGACUAAAAGUGUACACAACAAUAUCCCUGUCAUGUUUUCUCCAUCCUCGACAUCAUCAUCUGAUCCUCUAAAGCUUAAUGUAACUACUGCAGUAGGAUCUAAUCCAGUUUAUUCACAAUCUCAAUUAAAGCUGAGUCCAGCUGGAGUAUCUACAGUAGCCUCUGUUAUUUCUAAACAACAACCACAACAGCAGCAGCAGCAGGUGACAUCUGCUAAUAUUAGUCCAGUGAUCAAGGUUAAACAAGAAUUACCAGAUGAUACAGUCAGCAAUGUUGCUCCAGUAGUUUCUCUGGUAAACAGUCAGGAAAAUGCAACUGCUAAUUCUCUUGUAAAACUAACUUCUUUUUCUCACAAUCAAGUUAAUCUGAAACUGGGGAAAGUUUCCAGUGCUUCUGAUACCAUGAGUAAACCUAUAUCUACACAUGUAGUUAACUAUGUUACAAGCCCUAAGUCUGCUGUGCCUCAGUUUGUUAAGCUGACAAAAGUUGUUGACAAUGUCAGGAAGAAAUUUCAACUUCCAACAUCGGCAAGCCAACCCAGUCAGUCAGAACAGUUACUUUUUAAAGUGCAGCAACCAGAAACUCAAGUAAUGCAAGCUCCUGAUACAUGCGAUAACUCCAAAAAUGUCAAAAGUACUACUAGUUUGACUGCUAAUUUUCGUAUCACUUCUACUUCAUCUUUGAUCCUGCCGACUCAUCUAACCAAUACCAAAACCACAACUGUUUCUUCAAAUAACUCUUCUUCAAAACCAGAAUCUGUAGUAAUUUCAGACAGCCAAUCAGAUCUGGGGAAUUUAAAAUCCAUCUGUCAGAAAGAGGAUGAAAAUCCUAUGACAUUGAAAAUUGAUUCCAUAUUUUCUCUGCGGGAUAACUCUAAUUUUACCAUAAAUGCUCCUAAAGAUAAUUGGAAAAUAAAAUCUGAGGAAGAAAUGACUAAUAAUUUUUUUAAACCAGUGGUUUCUUCAUUAGCCGACAUAAAACCAGUGGUUUCAUCAUUAACUGACAUAAAACCAAUGGUUUCAUCAUUAGCUGACAUAAAACCAAUAGUUUCAUCAUUAGCUGACAUAAAACCAAUAGUUUCAUCAUUAGCUGACAUAAAACCAGUGGUUACUUCGUGGGCAAUCUCAAAACCAGUGAUUUCUCCAGGUACCACUUCUAAAAUAGUAGUUUCUUCAUUACCCACCCCAAAACCAGAAGUUAACUCCUUUAUCUCCUCUAAAUCAAUGGUUUCGUCAACGACCUCCAUAAAACCAGUGGUGACCACUUCGAAACCAGUGGUAACCACUCCAAAACCACUGGUAACCACCCCAAAACCACUGGCAUCCGCUUCGAAACCAGCGGCAACUACUCCGAAACCAGCGGUAACCACUUCGAAACCAGUGGUAACCGCUUCGAAACCAGCGGUGGCAACUUCGAAAUCAGUGGUAACCACUUCGAAACCAGUAGUGCUUUCAUCCUUGACCACUUCAAAACCAAUGGUCAUCUCAUUGAACACUUCAAAGCCAGUAGUUUCUUCAUUUAACACCACUACACCAGUGGUUACUACACUAACAAACUUACAACCUUUGGCUUCUAUAUUUCCAAGACCUCAAUCAAUGGUUUCCCUAAUUCCAAAUCCUUCCCAGCCUGUAGUUUCAUUACUUUCAACCCCUCAGCCUACACUUGCUUCAUUGAGAAACCCUAAACCUAUAAGUUCUUCAGUAGCAUCCCCAAUAUUUCUUUCUUCAAAUUUGCAAUCUACCAACUCUGCUCAGACACUGCAUGAUGUAAAUUCCACUUGGAAACCCAAUGACAUAAAUUGCACUCAGACAGCUUUUGGAGAAAUUUCCACUCAGACGGAUUUUAGAGAAAAUUCCACUCAGAUAAAUUAUGGAGAAAAUUCUUGUCAGACAGAUUGUGAAGUGAGUUCCAGUCAGACAGAUUAUGGAGAAAAUUCCAGUCAGACAGAUUUUGAAGCAGGUUCCAGUCAGAAAGAAUUUGGAGUAAAUUCCUGUCAAACAGAUAAUGGAGCAAACUCAAAGCAGACAGUAUAUGAAGUAAAUUCCACUCGGCCAGCUCAAGAAGUAAUUUCCACUAAAUCAGCAGUUGAAGUGAAUUCCACUGUGCCAUCUUCUAAUAUAAUUUCCACUACUCCAGCAAUUGAACUAAAUUCCACUUUACCAUCUUAUAAAAUAAUUACCACUAAAUCUCCAAUUAAACUAAAUAACACUCUGCCACCUUAUAAAAUAAUUGUUACUAAGCCAAAUGUAUUAAAUUCUGCUCAGCAGUCAUGUAAAAUAAUUUCCACUAAACCAGCAACUGAAGUAAAUUCACCUCACUCAGGUGAUGGAGUAAAUUCCACACAGACAGCAGAUGGAGCAAAUUCAAAGGUUCUAGGGAAUGAGAAGGAAGAAAAAUUACCACAAGAGACAUCAAAAUCUAGGCUUAAGUUCAAAAUGUAUCAGUUUGACAAGCCUUUAACUUCUAAACCACCAGUAUCAAAUAGUUAUAGGCAGUACAGCUACUUAAAUCCUAAGCCAAUAAAGCCAAAACAACUUAUUGAAAGUCCAAACAUGAUAAAACUUGUCAAGAUGCAUAGUGCUUAUAACAAACUGCAAAGAGAAAACAAGCAACUAGAAAUGAAAAUCACGGCCAAGAAGAAAACGAGAAUCAAAAUUGAUAAAUAUACCCUUUCAAAAUUUCCCCUCAAACAAUGUUUUGUAACGAUGCCCAGAUUGUACUUGCCUGAUGGUAAAAAAUCUGCUAAUGUUAAGAAGUUGGGUGAGAAGACUCUAAAAUCUAUUAAAUGUCGUGCUUCUUGCAAAAAUAUUACUCAGACGCUUAGGUUGAAUAACAUAUUAGCUGCACAAAAAGCUAACAAAAUGGGUUUCAGGUACUUAAAUACUGCGAAUACAAAUAAUGUGCACAUAAACAUUUCAAACCAAAAUGCAGCAGGAAAUACUAAGUCUUUCAAAGUAAUUUCCACUUCAAUGAAUCCACUAAUACUUCCCAAGACAAUUUCUCCUCUUCAAAGCCAGCGACUUCUAGUGAUGCAGGUAAAUGGCAAAAGUGUUCUGUUUCCUGUUGUGAAUAAAGUGCAAAAUCAACAGACUCCUAUUCUAAACAAAGGUCACAUAGUGCAAACAUCUAUUCCAACCACUCUGAAUCCUGUUAAUAAAAGUACAGCUAUUAGAACUUCUAUAUCUGACCAAUCCCUGUUAUUAAAUACCCAAUUUGUAAACAUUGCUCCAAAUGUAGUCAGUAAAGGCCCUAGUUACAGCACCUUAACAAAUUCCACCAGUUUAUUGAAUGUCAGUAAAACUGACUCAGCACAAUCAGUAAUUCCUUCUAACUCAUCUUUAGAUAAUGCAGAGGAUGAUGAUGAUGAUGUCAACAGCUGCCUACAACUUGCAUGUGGUAUUAUUGAGACUAACACAUUAAAACGUAAAGCAUCUGAUUACAGACGUGAGUCACGUAAAAUGAAAGAUUCAUUUCAGAUGAGACACAAAAAAAGUAAGAAUUACAUUUCUUCCAUGUUGAAUAUAUGAAGCAUAAUCAUCAUAUAUGCAUUGCAGAAUAAAAAUGGCCUGAAAUUUCAUUUUUUUAAAGUUUCAUUUUACGUGGGACAUGUAUAACUUUUUUUAUGGAAAAUGUAAUGGAAUAAUAAUCCGUGGUACGAUUGGUGUCAUUUCCAACAUUAAUCAUUACGCCCAUCAUGAAACAAGAGAACCAUUAUAGUCUCUUGACCUGUUAGAUAUAGUCAAUUCUCACUCAAAUUACGACCCACCAUCUUAAUAUAAAGGAUACAUUGGACAGUGUGUGUAUAUAUAUAUAUAUGUAUAUAUAUAUAUAUAUAUAUAAAAAAAUUAACUGCCAUUGCGUGGUCACUGCUGCAAUGCUUUUGAUCAUAUAAUCAACUUGAUCUGGGCUGGCCUGGGCUGGCCUGGGGGUGCUAAACAACAACCAGUGGAAAGAAAAGUUCGUUGGAUUCAAUCUCAAGCAGCCAUCAUUCAUAAAUGUAUAUUUUCAUAAAUUUAUCUUUCAUUUGUUGCUGUUGGGAAAUACGUAUUUAUUUUAAAGUUUGGGUUAGUUGCUAAAGCCGUGAAAAAUUGCACUAGCUUUACUAACACUCCCAAGCUGAAAGCCCUUACAUCCUCCACAUAAAGCUGAAGCACUAAAUUUAGUGGAGUGAAAUGAAAGUGGGGAGUAAACAAACUUACAUUUCUGAUAAUAAAAGAAAAUUGUCAUUUGUUGGAUUUUUAA